CAUAAAACCCUCAGCAACAGAAUCAAAAGCAUCAUCAUCAUCAUCAUCAUCAUCAUCAUCAUCACAAGAAAAUAGCUAUGGGGAGAUCUCCUUGCUGUGAGAAAGAACACAUGAAUAAAGGUGCUUGGACUAAAGAAGAAGACGAGAGACUUGUCUCUUACAUCAAGUCUCAUGGCGAAGGCUGUUGGCGAUCUCUUCCUAGAGCCGCUGGUCUCCUCCGUUGUGGUAAAAGCUGUCGUCUCCGGUGGAUUAACUACCUCCGACCUGAUCUCAAAAGAGGAAACUUUACACAUGAUGAAGAUGAACUUAUCAUCAAGCUUCAUAGUCUCCUCGGCAACAAGUGGUCUUUAAUUGCGGCGAGAUUACCUGGAAGAACAGAUAACGAGAUCAAGAACUACUGGAACACACAUAUAAAAAGGAAGCUUUUGAGUAAAGGGAUUGAUCCCUCUACCCACAGAGCAAUCAACGAGGCGAAAAUAGAGGACCAAACUGUAAAAGAUGUUUCCUUUGGGUCAAAGUUUGAGAAAACAGAGAAGUCUGUGGACCAGAAGCAAAGUAAAAAGAAUCUAAAUGGGUUAAGCUGUAAAGAAGAGAGCGUUGAGUACUACCCAGUUGUUGUUGUUGACGAAGCAAUAUGUCCAGAUUUGAAUCUUGAGCUUAAGAUAAGUCCACCAUGCCAAAACCAUAGAGAAAGAUCUCAUCCUUACACUGCGUCCCGUUUUUACAUUGAAAACGGCAUGGAGUGUAGUAGUGAAACUGCGAAAUGUCAGACAGAGGAUAGUAGUAGCAUUAGGUAUUCUUCUUCGAUUGAUAUUAGCAGUAGUGGCGUUGGCUAUGACUUCUUGGGUUUGAAGACAAGAGUUUUGGAUUUUAGAAGCUUGGAAAUGAAAUAAAUGAAUUAGCGAAAUGAUAAUUUGUAGUUGUGUGAUAAUGUUAGACCAUCAUCAUCCGAGAACUGCUUCCUUGUUACUCAAAAUACUAUAUUUUAAUUAUUUUAUUAUAAUAUUAUUAUAUAUUUAAAUAAAAAAUCUGUAAAAAAAAAUUGGCCAAUCAUAAACAGCUAUAUCUUAAAGAACCGAUGCUUCAGAUGCUUAGUGGAGAAGCGUUUCUCUCUCUUUGAUUUACUUUAUCAUUAUUAUUUAAUUUUUAAGUGAGAGUAUCCUUGAGAGUAACUACUAGUAAUUAUGCUCUUAGACUCUUUUUUUUUUUUACUUGAUCUUUGUUUUCCCUUAUUUCCCAACUUUUGUAUAUUAACUUGAAAUUUUCAAAUCAGAUUAAUCGAGUUUGAGUUCAAUU